GUGGCCUUUCUCUUUUUUUUCGGUCAAUGUCGGCGACACUGUCGCGCUCGCUAUGGACCUCGACGCGCUCGAAUUUUAGAUGCAUUUCCGCGUCGGUCCAUGCUUCAACCUCAACGACUUAUCCUCUACGUCGAUAUGCCACCCAAGUGAAGAAGAGUACAAAAAGCGGCGAAACUAGAAGCAAGCAGAAAGAGGCUGCAGAGGAGGAUGCAGCGGCGGGCAUUCAGCAAGUCACUUUGGCGAUGCAAAAUGAUCCACAAUGGGAUCCGUGGGCACAACCUAUUGCUGCUCUAGAUGUAAUGCUCCCAUAUCGGACAGCACCGUGGUCGGGAUCCACAUACGAAGGUAUAAAGGCAAGACUUCAGCAAGUGUGGAACAACAGGCUCAAUGCGCUUAAGAAUUGUUUUAACAAGUCGGUCAUGCUUCGAUACAACUCAUUCCCGGGGGUGGAUAUGGACGAACUAGGAGGGAUGAAUUACUUCCUUAAAGUACCUGUGCAGAUUCUGAGUGGAACAAAAUCCGCGACAAAACCCUCGUCUUGGCUUUGGGGAUUACGAAACGAGAUUUUCGGGUCGUACUGUGGUGCUCAGAAAGCCAUAGCAAAUAAAGAUCGCGUCGCACUCUCUUCUUUCGCACAGUCGUUAUACCUCAAUGAUUGCAUGCGUCUUCUACGAAAACAAGCUUCAACAUCGAGAUAUAUCUGGAAUUUGCAUGCUUCAGGUCCUACCGCAUCAACUGAGCCGGCAGUCAACAACAAAACGACCAUUCUCUCCAUAAGAGCGAUUGAAGGUCAUCUUGGACGCCGUCCACCUCCCGGGGGAAACCGUCUCGUCAUACAAGUCCUUGCCAAGGUGGAAACUUUACAAAGCCUUGAAAUAUACGAAGCCUCUGGCAAGGCUCUACACGCUCCGUCUUCCACCCCUGUGACUGAUCCACACCAGCACCCCAUAAUAACAACUUCCGCGACCAAGAACUUCCGCCAGAAACGUACACCUGUUGCUCCGCAUCUGCAAACGGAGUAUCUGAUUUUUGAGAAGAAGAUGUAUAUGCCUGGACAAAAGUGGUCGAUACGAGAAAAGGUGUAUCCUAGAGAGGGUGCCGUUGUCGCGCACUGAGCACAGGUCGUGAUUAGGUUGAUACCACAGAAUAAGUAGUGUAUAAUUUUCAAACCCAAUCUAAUUCGUUACAAUGGUAUUUUGAAUGAAUCAGUUGCUGUGCGAAGCCAGCAGUGCCAGGGUCCGGCGGUAUUUCCUGUGUCCCACUGUUUGGUACAAUGCGAAGAGUUUCCGGUCGCACUUUGAAUGCCCGUCUUUCCCUGAUUUCGCAAUACCACGAUAUCUCGCCAACCGUGAUAUGCUUCUCUUGUGGGAACCUUCAAGUAUUCUCCUAUAUUUCUUCAACGUCGCAUGCGGGACGUUAGGAAUCUUCCAGAACAGUCUUUACAUAUUCACGAAUGCCUGGUAGAGCCCGCAUGAUCAUCUUGAUAGGCUUGUUUUCCUCUGGAAAACGUCAACAGAGGAAAACGUCAAGUCAAUAAAAGGGCUCGAACAGGGAUAUGCACCUAUAGGACUUAAGUGUCCGUGUCGUUUUAGAUCUCUCGGUCUCGUUUCUGGUCCCAACACCCGGUGUCUGGAUGGUAACACUACGUAAGAGUGCUGCCAGCCAACAAUAUUAGAGGAGCCUUAGUGCAUCGCUUAACGGUGUCUAGGCUAACCUGGGUAUACCAUACUCUGAGUUCGUCAGAGUAUUUUGGUACGAUAGGAACCUUGUCAUGGCCCACGACUUGAAUGACUGCCCGGACGGUAUUGGUUACGCUCAUAGCUUGGAAGGCAUGAGUAAAGAGAUAUUUGUGUCGUAAGAGGCACACAUACAUACUUCUGUUCUCUAGUAGAUCCAUGAUUGCUUGACCACCGGGACCAUGCCCAAUCAAUAUGAUUCUUCGUGCGCUAGAGAGUCUGUUAUCCGGGAGAAAAUUAUCCAUGACACCCCAACUUUUACGGAAAAGCGAAUCGUACUGUAUGUAGUUAUCCCAAAGAUAGGUGGCGACUUGCUUUCCAAUAUCUGGUGUAGAUUUCGAGCGCUAGAGGAAUCGUAUACAUCUGCCUGGAUAAAAGGAAUGAAUGAGAGUGACUUUACCUUGGAGGUUGUCACAGCGAGAG